ACGAUGCGUUCGCAUGGGGGGAGGUGAAGCACUCCGUGAAAGCGUGUUGACACAUGUGGUGUUGGCCUCCAUCGCGUUCGCACGUGCUGCAAAGUUAUGGAUUGCCGCCGCCGCCCGUUGGCCGAACAAGCCACUCCCGCUCAUGCCAAGCCCGUCGAUGCGCGUGCUUGACCAUUGCUGCACGACAUCAUCCUGACCCUGCACAUCCUUUACACAUAUUACCCAUGACUCUUUGUGCUGUUCAUGUCAACCAUUUUCUUGUUAAUUUGCUUGUUGCCGUGUACGUAUAUACGUUUUAAUGUGCAUCGCUUCACAGACAAAAUAAUCAAAUCUGCUCGCCAUCAUGCCAUUAACCCCUUGAUUAUACAUACACAUCCUCAUCGUGCUGCCUCUACUUGUACCAAAUACAUUGAAUCCAAGCACACGAACAAAGCCCGAAAC